UCAGUCGCUCAGCUGUGAACUUCAUUGGAUUUUCAAGCUUUUGUUUAUUUUAUUUCGGUAAAAUGAAUAUUUAAUUCAUAAAACGUGUUUCUAAAAAGUUAUACUUGUGGUACACAACUCAGUUUUGAAAGUUCUACUGUGAUUUUACGUGAUAUUGUAAGAAAUUGUGCCGAAAAACAAACACGCGGGAAGAGGCGUUUUAUAGUAAACAAAACAACAUAAUUCCAAAAAUAUGUCUGAUAUAAUUGAAUUAUCGGAUGACGAUGAUAGCUUUAUCCUCCCCAAAAAAGCUGAGAAGCUGGAACAGCUAUCUGGUGAAGAUUCUGUGCUAUUAAGUGAUGAUAAUGAUGCAGAAGAACGAUCAUCGAAUACUGUCGAUUAUUUUACUUCUGAUGAGGAGUAUCUUCCUGAAAUUGAUUUAAAAAGUAGAAAGAAGAAGGUGCUGAAGCAAUUGUUUCCAACGCCGGAGAAGUUACGAUGGGACGAUGCAGCAGGGCCAUCGAAGGUUUCUCCAGUAAAAUUGAGGGACCCUGGGUUUGACAAGAUGAUUGGAGGUGUCACUGUCAAUCUGCCGGUUGAUCCUUAUGGCUGCCAGAUAGCACUUAUGUCUAAAGUGAUAACUGCAAUAAAAACAGGCAAAAACUGCCUGUUGGAAAGUCCAACGGGUUCCGGAAAGACACUGGCUUUGCUUUGUGGAGCGCUAGCGUGGCAGCGACAUGAAAGAAUGCAAAGAGGACAAAGACUCGCCCAGCAGAACGCAGAACGGAUCACGGAGCUGAAGUCCUUCGACGGCGCCGUGGACUACGUGGCCAGCAUUCCCAACGUCAACUUCAGCAAGUCUGUGUUUGGUGAGAAGAGUAUAUACGACAAACCGGUUAACUGUGGCGACAAUAGUUGCAGCAAGCGCCAGGAGCCGCUCCAAGACAGCUUUGAAGGUACUCCAGAGAAGGGCUUGGUCAGAAUACAAAAAAGGCGGCGUGUCAACUCCACGGAGAGUUCGUCUGGGAGCUCCACAAAGGGUAGCCCGUACAAGCUGCCCUCCACUCCCCAGAAACCAGGGUUCAUGGCAGACCCUCAAACGCCGGAGAGCGCCAAAUUCCUGAUCAGGCUUUUGCAUAACUGGGUCACGGACGAUGUUAAUUGCAGCGUACCCACCAUAUACUAUGGCGCGAGGACCCAUAAACAGCUGCAGCAGGUCAUCAAGGAGUUCAAGCGAACCUCGUACCGCGGGGAGGCCAAGAUGACGGUGCUCUCGAGUAGGGACUACAGCUGUAUAAGGGACUUCGACAAGAACUUGUGGACUUCUAAGAACGACAUGUGCAGAGGCUGCAUUAAGCCCCACGCAUCCGCUGACAGGCCAAAAGGCGAGAGCAACUGCAAAUUCUACGACAACCGGACAGCAUUGCACCACGGCUCCCUACCGCCAGCCUUCGACCUUGAGGAGUUGGUGGAAGCUGGAAAAGAGAACAGCUCCUGUCCCUACUUCGCUGCUAGGGCCAUGGCCGCUAGUGCUCAUAUAGUCUUCUGCCCCUACAACUACUUGAUAGAACCUAGCAUCAGGAGCAGUAUGCAAAUAAACCUGAAAGAGAAUAUCGUGGUGAUCGACGAAGCUCACAACAUUGAAGACAUUUGCCGCGACGCCGCAUCAUUCAGCUUCACCAGAGAACAGCUGCAAGCUGCCAUCACCGAAUUAGAGAAAGCAGCGAGCUAUCAAUAUUCUGGUCACAACAUCAUGGAUCAAUUGGAGAAAAUUGUGAAGACAUUGAAAACUUGGGACGAUUGGUUCGUGAACCAAUCGACGCUAGUGAACAACCGGCCAGUGAACAAUAACGAAGCCGUGUACGCGUGGCACGUGGCAGACUUCGUGACCACGCUCAACAACCACAACCUGGGGCAACCCUACUACUCAGAAUUCAAACACAACGUGGAGGUGUUUACCCAACGGUUAAGGGAGGACGCACGCACUUUAGUGGGAGUGACGCAAGCCACCGGCACUUUGCUGGAAUCUCUGGACGCCGCAUUGACGUACUUAUUCCGCUCGGACGGCCAGUUCAUGGAUGACUUCAAACCGGCGCUGGUCAGGACCGUGGCUGCCGACGCCAUGUCCGAAGCUACUUCUUGGAGAAACUCGCAGUUCAACCAGAAAAUAAAGAAAGACGUCUACGAACUCCGACUCUUAUGCAUGAACCCAGCGGUAGUGUUUGAGGGCCUUAAGACGGCCCGCUGCAUUAUCCUGGCUUCGGGGACGUUGACGCCGCUCGUGAGCCUAUACUCCGAGCUGGGGACUGACUUCCCGCUCAAGGUGUCGCCUAACCACGUCAUAUCCAGCGACAGGGUGUGGGUGGGCACUCUCUCCACGUGCCCAGACGGCAGUCGCCUGGAGUGUAAGAGCACCAGCGCCGCUCAGCCCGGCGUACAAGACGCGAUCGGCGACACAAUCCUCUGGGUCAGCCAGGUCACGCCGCAUGGAGUCCUGGUCUUCCUGCCCUCGUACCAGCUCAUGAACCGGCUCGCCAGGAGAUGGCAGGAAACCGGAAUUUGGAGAAAAUUAGAACAACAGAAGAAUGUCUUUAUGGAGAGCAGAAACGUACGAGAUCACAACGACACAAUGGAGGACUUCUACAAGUACGUGGAGACGGAUCGAGGCGCAAUUCUAUUCGCGGUGUUCCGCGGAAAGGUGUCUGAGGGCAUGGACUUCAAGGACCACCAGGCGCGCGCUGUUAUCACCUCAAGUAGCGGCGAGAUUCGAACCCGCGUUCCUCGGAUCACGGGUCGGAUCAUCGUUUUCAUCAGGGCGUUGAACCAGGCGGUGGGGCGCUGCGUGCGGCACCGCGGCGACUGGGGCGCUGUGCUAAUGAUAGACGCGCGCUUCCAGAACCCCUACUACACCGAACACCUGUCCAAGUGGCUGCGCGGCUUUCUGAACAACAAUCACCACACGUUCGAGAGCCUCGUGAACAGUCCCAAUAGCCUGGAGUCCUUCAUGCAGAGCAUGACCAUCAACGAGACGGAAGACGUGUGAGGAGCGUCUGUUCAAGACGUGCUAUUUCAACUUUAGCUAGCUAAGCCAGGAUCUACAGCUUGACCGCCAAUAAAAACCCAAUCAGUGAAGGUCAAGUCUGUC